ACGUGAACCUUUCCGAACCGAUCCUUUCCCGUUUCGAUCGAUGAGUUCGAUCCGAUGCAGGAUAAGCAUUUGGCUGAAUUUGUGGUUGCAUCGCACAUCAAGAACCAUCCAUCGAACGUGGAUGAAACUCCGGUCUCGCAGGCGCAGGACACGAUGCAGAUACCGCAGGAUCUGCUGAAGAAGUAUAUCGUGUACGCGAAGGAAAAUGUACACCCCAAGCUAUCUAACAUGGACCAGGACAAGAUCGACAGCUGGCCUAUCAACGAUGCAAGGAGGACGGGCGACGGGGCAGGGAAAGUGGCGACCAUCCGCAAACCACUGUGGUCGGGGUAA